CACGACAUUCCGUCCUCCCGACUUCGACCACAACUUCGCCAUCGGCUGCCACCAUGGCCGAGUCCUCCUAAAAGACCGCGGGUCCCCGGGUUUUCUCAUCGUCUGGGACCCCAUGACCAACGAGAAGCAGUACGUGCGCCAUCCCGACAUCCCGAUGACUUCCUCCAAAGCGUUGCUGUUCUGCGCCACACCCGGCUGCGACCACCUUUACUGCCACGGGGGUCCCUUCCUGUUGGCCUUCGUCGGCUUCGACGCCGGCGACGGGGGCGCGCGCGCCUGCCUCUACUCUUCGGAGACCGGUGCGUGGAGCAGGCCGUCCUAUCAGCAGCUCUAUUCCUAUCUCGACCCGCAGCCCCCCGUCCUCGUGGGAGACGAACUCUACUUGGUCUGUGGUGAUGGCGAAACAAUCAUGCGCUACAAAUUCGCUGGAAAAGGGGGCCUAUCACUGAUCGAGCCGCCGGGCGUUUACGAGGAUGGCAUUGUCCUCAUGCCGCUUGAGGAUGGUGGACUUGGGGUUGCUGGCCUUGACGGGUCCACCCUCUACCUGUGGUCGCUGAAGAUGGGUCCUGCCGGAGUUGCGGGGUGGAAAACACGCGGGGACAUCAAGCUCCAGAUGCUCCCCAUCGGCGACCCAAGAUCAUGGCGUUACUUGAUCGGCUUCGCCAAGGGCUGCACUUCCGACAUUGUUUUCGUGUCCACAGAUGCUGGCGUCUUCACGAUCGAUCUCAAAUCAGAAUGAGCGACAAAGGUGUGCGAGAAUCGCGGGUUCACCGUUAUCUUUCCUUACACGAGCUUCUGCACUCCUGGUCGUGCUAACUGCAGAUUGCCAUCUCCAGCGGCAACCUAGUGAUCUACUACCGACCCUGUCAAUGAUAGUCCGUACUUGGUGCCAAGUGGGUGAACUUAUGUCUUGGUUCUUCUGUUGCUGGCUUGCUACCAUCCUGCAGUUUAAGUGAGAACAUUGUUAGCCAAUCUGACCAGUUAUGGUUCUUGUCAAAUUAUCCAUGAACAUGUGUCCAAAACUACGUCGUAAUAUUUUGGCUUAUUGUUCCUUCUGUGCUCGCCGCAGCCACCUAAAUAUUAAUGUCCGUGUUCCUAUAUUCCCUUAAAAAAAAUGAUCAUUUGUGGUUGUCA